AUGAAUGUAACGGAAGCCUUUGGAAGUAAUAGCAUAACGGAUUUGGAAGAGAAAAGUGCUGAUUUGUAUGUAAUUAUUUUACCAAUAAUCGUUACAUUUGGCUUAUGUGGCAAUAUAAUCUCACUGGUUACUAUUUUCCACUCGAGACUGAGGGAAAUAGCUGCGAAUCAUUACCUAAUUGUCCUCACAGCAGCGGACAGCGUAUUUCUACUUGGCUUAUUGUUAAUAUUAUUCAAAUUAGACUUCAUUGCUUAUCACUUCUGCGUUGUUAUUGAGUACAUUUUAUCAACGUCGUCUUACAUUAGCAGUUGGUCAGUUGCAGCACUUAGCAUCGAAAGGUAUUUGGCUAUUGCUUUUCCACUGAAGCAUGUCAGAUAUGGACAUGUGGACAGAUGGAAAAUAAUGCUUUUCUGGCUGCCAAUACCUUUUGCUUUCAAUUUAAUUCAAUUUAUCUCUCUUAUCCCAUACAACGAUAAAAAUGACCCUAAUUAUCCAAACAUACGCAAAUGUGUUCCAUAUGAUGGUAGCUUGCAGAUGUUGGUUGAGGUAGCAGAUGUAACAUUAUGUUACGUUGCACCGUGUCUUUGCGUGGUUCUUCUGAAUUUACUUGUAGCUGGAAAAGUUAAACGUGGUUUUACGCAUGUCGCUAAUCAGUCACGUUGUAAUAUUAAUUCAUCUAGGCGACGGCAGGGUUCAGCCAUGAUAUUACUGGUAGUUCCGGUAGUUUAUAUGUUGUUAAAUACUCCAUUUUAUCUAUUGCGCAUCACAGAUACAAUUGCAUUAUACGUUUUUCAAAGCAAUAAGUUUUCCAUUGUUGGAGGUUUACACGGUGUCAUAACCAUAUUUCUGUACAACACUGCUCACUACUUGUAUUACAUCAAUUUUGCAUGUGAUGUCAUUGUUUAUGCAUUUUCAAGUUCAAAUUUUCGCAAAACAGCUAUAAUUGCAUGGCAGCAAAUACUGUGCUCAGAUAGUAAGAAAAUUCGGAAAGUAACCACAGAACGAUCAAUUAAUUUUCGAUUAUCAAAUCGAAACGGUGAAAGUAGUUCGAUCAUAGGAUUUUAA